AUGGACAGCAAAGGCUUCAACUUCAACGAGAAGAAGCGGCCCGCCGCUCUCAACCUCACACACCAACGCACAGGAACCUCUUCCAGCUCAUCAUCAGAGAGCUCACUCAAGGUUCCGCGGACACCUCGCUUCGCCGAAGCCACCUCCGUCCACUCUCCAGUCGACGACGACAAGAUCUCGCCCUUUGCCGACCCCGUCAACCCUCAAGCUUCAGAGUCUCAGCCCAGCGAUGUCGGCUUUGGCUACAUCGGCAGCAACUCCAACCGGGAUUCGAUGCCCAUGCCGCCAAAGUCCCCUCUCAAGAGCGCCAUGAGGGUGCCCGGCACGCCAGCCAGGACGAUUCACAUCCUCAGCCCUACAUUCCGCGAGGAGGCCGUCCUGGAGAAGCGUGAACUCGAGACGGAAAAGGAGCAGGCCAAGGAUCUGAAACACAAGGUCCGCGUUCGUAUGGCCAAGUUCGCCCUUCGAAGCGUCCACUUCAGCUGCUCUCUCAUUAUCCUUGCCAUGCUCUCCUCGUCAUUCGCCAUCUUCAACGCCACCAAGCACCUCCCUUCGCAGAGCGCAAUGCCUUCCUGGGCCAACGGAACCGAUCCCUGGGCACAGAAGCUCGUCCUGGCCAUGGCCUGUCUCUCUCUCGCAAUCUCCGUCGCCGUCUUCAUCGCCUACUGCCGCGGAGGACAUCGCCGCGCUGAAAAGGUCGGCACAUACUACACCAUGUUUGCUAUCGGAUGGUUCAUCGUCAGCUUGAUUCUCUGGGUCCUCGCCGCCGCCGUCUUCUCCAACUCCAAGAACAACGGCAACAACAAGGACAUGUGGGGAUGGUCCUGCGUCCAAAACACCCGCUCCGUCGUCUUCUCCGAAAAGGUCAAGUACAGCUUGGUCUGCCGCCUCCAGAACUGGUCCCUCAUCUGCAUCAUCAUCGAGGUCGUCGUCGAGGUCAUCAGCAUCCUGCUCUACAGCAUCGUCUUCUACCGAUACUACUCCAAGCGCCGCCUGCACAAGUCCAUGGACGUCCGAGACCGAGCUCGCUCCGACCUCUAUCUCGCCCAGCUUCGCUCGCAGUCCGCCCCCAACACGCCUGGCUUCCCUCGCUCUCCCAGCUUUGCAGGCGCCCCCAUGACCCCGGCCAUGUUCCCGCCCAAGUCGCCAGCCCUGAGCCAGUACGCCUUGUCGCCUCGCCACGCCCCGGCCGGCUUUGGCAGCCUCUCCAGCAUCAACGAGAAGAGCACCUUUACCCCUGGUGUCCAGGUCAUCGCCGAGCCUCCGUCGGUCUUUGCACCAACCCCAGCUGCGUUCAAGCUGCAGGCUCCCCCUACCAAGGCUCCUUCAGCUACGCCCAAGACGACUCAGAGCCCUCUGACACAGGCAGCACCGCCAUUGCCAUUUGGCCUGUCUUCUGAGGCACCCCCUCCGUCAGAAAACGUUCAAGAGCACGGCCCUGUUGCUGCACACGAGCCAACAUAUGACGCCGUGCCCAUCCCUGGCGCAUACACCGCAGGUCCUGCAUCAUACGGACAGGCGAUGUAA